UUGCGUUAGUCCGCGCUGCAGUACGACGUGUUUUGCACUGCCUGCCAUGCCAACGCUACCUGAGGACGAGGCACAACCCAAAGGGGCACAACACACUUCCUGUUCUACUCCUGCCAGAGACACUACUGUUGAAGUGACAGCAUGCAGUAGACCUUCUAUUGUUCUUCCAGAGAAUGCUGUUACACCAGGUGUAGAAAUUGAUAAAAAUCUGGUUAGCAGGCCUCGCAGUCCUCAUCGGCGACAUUCUAACCGUACCAGUAGGAAUUCAAGUAGUUCAUUGACUUCUGUUGACAACAGUGGUCAUGUGAUUGAUCUGGUAAAUGAUCAGCUGCCAGAUGUCAAAAUAUCUGAGGAAGACAAAAAGAAGAAUCUUGAAUUACUAGAAGAAGCAAAGAAAGUGAGCGAGAGGUUUCUAAUGCGCAGAGGCAGAAAGUCAAGAAGUGGCCCUCCUGAGUCACCUACAGCAGUUUCCCCUACGCUUAGUCCUAAAGUUUCACCAGUAGCAUCUCGGAGCAACUCUCUCACUCUUCCAGUUCCAUCAGGGUCUGAUUUAGGUACAACCACUAGCGUAGAGUCAGUGUCUUCAGAGCAGAAUAACAGAAUUGGGAAAGAAGAUGACAGGCACUCUACAGAGAAUGCUGCAAAAGGAUUAGUUGAUCGACGGCUGAAUGAUCAAAGAAAGAUUUCUCAGGGAAGAUUGGUUCCUCGUUCUGCUGGUUUUGAAAACUCCAAAGAGAAACUCUCUGAACAAAAAGAAAACUUCGAUCCACGUCAGCAUAUGGAUCCUUUACCUAAAUCUUCCACUGCAGGUAGUGAUAAUGGCAGAAUGUCUCUUAACACUUCCAUGAAUGUGUGUGAAAGUGAACUUGGAAAACCAUUCCUCAAGAAAGUAAAGGAAAUUGAUGUUCCUUUAAGAACCCACCUACUGGGACCAGGAAUAGGAAAUAUAGACCAAAAACUAAAAAUUUCUAUUCCAGAAACUAGGGACCAUAAAGUUUUGUGUAAACCUGAAUUUAAAGUGUGCGGACUCCGUCCUCCUCUGCUACGAGCUGUGUCAUGGGAUAGCUUGGAACCUGGACAGAAAGAUAAAGCACCUUUUAAAUUACCAUCUGAGGAAGAUAAAAGCAUUACCGUUGCCAGUAAAUCUGGCAAUCAAUUAAAAGCAUCAGCAUUCAAAGACCUCCAAAUCCAAGUUCAACCCGUGAGAAUGCAGAAACUCACAAAGCUCAGAGAGGAGCAUAUUUUGAUGAGAAAUCAAAACUUAGUUGGACUUAAACUUCCUGAGCUUAGUGAAGCAGCUGAACAGGAAAAAGGUCCUUCACCUCUCCCCUCCCCCACUGAAGAGGAAGAGACAAAGAGCAGCUCGGAUGUCAUGCCCAGCAUUCCUGAUCUAUUGCUGCGAAAACUGCGAGUGCACAAAUCCCUUCCUGGAAGCUCCCCUCCACUUACCGAGAAAGAAGUUGAGAAUGUGUUUGUGCAACUUUCCUUGGCUUUUAGAAAUGAUAGUUAUACAUUGGAAGCUAGAAUUAACCAAGCAGAGAGAGAGAGGAAUCUUACUGAAGAGAAUGCUGAGAAGGAACUGGAAAACUUUAAAACAGCCAUUACGUCUUCAGCUGGCUUAUGGCAUCACUGUGAACACAGAGAAGCUUACCAGAAGCUGCUGGAGGAUAUUGCAGUGCUGCGUCGUCUGGCUGCUAGACUGUCUAGCCGUGCUGAAAUGGUUGGAGCUGUUCGCCAAGAGAAGCGUAUGUCAAAGGCAACAGAAGUGAUGAUGCAAUAUGUGGAAAAUCUGAAAAGAACGUAUGAAAAGGAUCACGCUGAGCUAAUGGAGUUUAAGAAACUUGCCAAUCAGAAUUCUAGCAGAAGCUAUGGUGCUGCUGAAGAUGGAGUACCUCGGUCAUCUAGAUCCAUGUCCCUUACUGUUGGAAAGAACAUGCCUCGGAGGAGAGUCAGUGUUGCUGUUGUGCCUAAAUUUAACUCGUUAAAUAUUCCUGGUCAGUCACCAACAGCUUCACCUAUACCUUCAAUGCCGUCCCUGUCAGAAUCUCCCAAUAAUGGAAGAAGCAAUCUAACAUCUACUCCUGUUCUGCCAGCACUUUUAGAGAAUGGAAAGUCUAAUGGAGAGGCUGACUGUGAAAACUCUGCCUCUGUGUUAACACAGAGUGUAUUGGAAGAGAUCAGUCCUGAAACUAAAGCCAAGAUAGAGGAGGAAGCAUAUAACAAAGGCUAUCAGGAAGGCUUGAAGAAAACCAAAGAACUUCAGGAAUUGAAGGAAGAAGAAGAGACACCAAAAGAGAGUCAGGAUGAGCAUGAAGAAAGUGAAAAUGAAGAUGAGAUAAAAAAACUGAAAAGCAGCAGACUUGAAGUCAUCAUUAAUUAUUUACAUAUACUGUAUCCCAAACUGUGUAAAAACUGGAAUGUGAUAUGGCUUGUAGUGCCUGCGUUAAUCAUUUUUGCUGUGGUGUUAUGGAUCUACCAUUCAUACAACUCCUGUGAUGAAAAAUCAGAGGGACCUGAAGGAAAGGCCAGCUGUUCUGCUGCCCAUCAAUAUUCCUGGUGGAACUCAGGAUUUCGGCACGAACAACGCACUGAAUAAUAAAGGAACAAACACAUUUAUGGUACCCGAGCAAGUACACAUGUUAGAACACAGUUAAAGGUAGCACUUAGUCAUCUUUCUGGCUCUUAA